GUUUCUGAGGGAAUAAUGGAGUGUGUGCUCCUGCAGCUGGUGUGUGAGUGCUGUGAGGAGGCAGACCCCUACCCGGCGCUGGAGAAGCUGCUGAGCCUAGUGAGGGAGGAGCAGCUGAGCGAGGCGGCGCUCCUCACCCUGCUCCUCACCCUGCAGCAACAAGCCCCCUCCUCCUUCCCCUCCCCCCUGCUCCCCCUGCUGGAGGAGGCUCAGAGCAGGCUCACUGCAGGCGGACAACUGUUUGACUCAGGAAAGCAGAACGGCAGCGGAAGUGAAGAAAAGCGGGAGGACGAGGACAAAAAAGAAGAGUCAGAAGAGGAUGAGAAGGUCAUUGAUGCUCCAACAGACUCCUCUUCCCCCUCCAAGCCCUACUCCUGCCGCUGGUGUAAGAGGGGCUUUGCCUUCAAGUGUCGGAUGCUGGCCCAUGUGAAGCGUUGCCCCUCCUCUCAGGAGGGGGAGCAGCAGUGCCCGCAGUGCCCCAAGAAGCUGGCCAACCAGAGGGUCCUGCAGCAGCACCGCGCCGAGGCCCACCACAGCACCACCCGCCUCAAGAAGAAGGUGUCAUGUGACCUCUGCGGGAGAAACUUCGCCCACCCUUCAGGCAUGCUUUACCACAAGCGCACCGAGCACUUUGAAGAGAAACCGUUUGCUUGUGAGGACUGCGGCGCAAAGUUUGGCGCCAACUCUUCUCUGAAGAAUCACAUGAGGCUGCACACAGGAGAGAAACCAUACUGCUGCAAACACUGCCACAUGAGCUUCAGUGUGGCUGCUGCACUCGCAUACCACACCAAGAAGAAACACUCUGAGGGUAACACACACACACACACAGUCAAAAAGAAAACAAUAAUAUUUUAUCUGACCAGUUUUUAGUUCUUUAUUGCCAUUAAAAACUUGUAUUUCUUUUUCC